UGUGCGAUAGCUAAAGACAAAUUUCUUUAGAAAAGUUGUUCCGUAUUUGUUUUCAUUUAAUUUAAUGCUUAAAUUUUUAUUAGAUGAGUGAUUGAAAUAUGGUUUAUCAAUACUUAUGAAAAUGAAGUGGUAGCACAAAUUAUUUGACAACUGCUGAAUUGCUCUUACAAAGUGAAAAAUCAAUCAGAAAAAGUGGGGAAAAUUUUGUCGACAUCAUCAAAUAUGAAUGUGAAUGCCAUCGAAAAAAAAUAAAACAAUAAUUUUAUAGAUUAUCAGCCUUCAAGGGACACUAAGCUGACCACGUCGGUGCAUAGGUUCUAUAUGUAAUUAAAAAAGUCUGAAAAGCUAAUUAUUGCAUAUCUGAGUUUGGGUGGAAAGGUGUUGGGUUUGCGAAAUGGCACUAAAAAAGGUGAAAGGCAAUUUCGAGCGUAUGUUUGAUAAGAAUCUUACGGAUUUGGUGCGUGGCAUAAGAAAUAAUAAGGAUAAUGAGGCCAAGUACAUCGCACAAUGCAUUGAGGAAAUCAAGCAAGAAUUGCGCCAGGAUAACAUCAAUGUCAAGUGCAAUGCGGUGGCCAAAUUAACAUAUAUUCAGAUGCUCGGCUAUGAUAUCUCCUGGGCCGGCUUCAACAUCAUCGAGGUAAUGAGCUCCUCGCGAUUCACAUGCAAACGCAUAGGGUAUUUGGCGGCAAGUCAAUGCUUUCAUCCCGAAAGUGAAUUGCUAAUGCUAACGACAAAUAUGAUACGUAAGGAUUUGAAUUCACAAAAUCAAUAUGAUGCCGGUGUGGCCUUAAGCGGCCUUAGCUGUUUUAUCUCACCAGAUUUAUCACGAGAUCUUGCAAAUGAUAUUAUGACACUGAUGAGUUCCACAAAACCAUAUUUGCGUAUGAAAGCCGUCCUUAUGAUGUAUAAAGUGUUCUUACGCUACCCAGAAGCAUUAAGGCCUGCAUUUCCUAAAUUGAAGGAAAAACUAGAAGAUCCUGAUCCAGGUGUACAGUCCGCUGCAGUCAAUGUGAUUUGUGAGUUGGCUCGCAAAAAUCCCAAGAACUAUCUACCGUUAGCACCUAUAUUUUUCAAGCUCAUGACAACGUCUACUAACAACUGGAUGUUAAUUAAAAUAAUAAAACUGUUUGGCGCUUUAACUCCUUUAGAACCCCGGCUAGGAAAGAAAUUAAUAGAACCUCUCACAAACCUUAUUCAUAGUACGUCCGCUAUGAGCUUGCUCUAUGAAUGCAUAAAUACCGUGAUCGCCGUACUCAUCAGUAUCAGCAGCGGAAUGCCAAAUCACAGUGCCUCAAUACAACUUUGUGUGCAAAAACUGCGUAUUCUUAUCGAGGAUUCCGAUCAGAAUUUGAAAUACUUGGGACUUUUGGCUAUGUCGAAGAUCUUAAAAACUCACCCGAAAAGUGUACAAGAGCACAAGGAUUUAAUUUUGGCGUGUUUAGACGAUAAGGACGAAUCGAUACGUCUUCGUGCACUUGAUUUGCUGUACGGCAUGGUAUCAAAGAAGAAUCUCAUGGAAAUAGUCAAGCGUCUAUUGGGACACAUGGAGCGCGCUGAGGGAUCAUUAUAUCGCGAUGAAUUGCUCUACAAAGUAAUUGAGAUUUGCGCACAGAGUUCGUAUUUGUACGUCACGAAUUUCGAAUGGUAUUUAACUGUACUAGUGGAAUUGAUUCAACUGGAGGCAGGUUCCAAGCACGGACGUUUAAUCGCUGAGCAACUCCUGGAUGUUGCCAUACGCGUGCCAAUUGUGCGACAAUUCGCGGUCAAUGAAAUGACCAAUUUGCUAGACACAUUUUCGGUGUCAUCGCAAAGCAAUUCAAUGUAUGAAGUGUUAUACGCUGCAGCGUGGAUUGUUGGUGAAUUUUCAAACAGUGACUUAGAAGAUGCGGAAAAGACGUUGAAUAUUUUGUUGCGCCCACGUCAAGUGCCCGGUCAUAUACAGGGUGUGUUUGUGCAAAACGUUACUAAAUUAUUUACAAGACUGGCGACGACAUGCUUGGAAAAUGAAGAUGUGAACGGUCUCAUCAAGCUUUGCGAUCAUGUCCUAGAGAAAUUGCAAAAUUUUAUUAGUUCAAAUGACAUUGAGGUACAAGAGCGUGCAAAUUCCGCAUGUAUCCUAAUUGAAAUGCUGCGCUCGCAAUUCAACAAGCCUGCGCCUAGUUCUGAAUUGAAUUACAAUCACGACGCCAGCGCCACAUUGAAUAUGCUUUCCACGGAUGACAAUGAAAACUUGGCCCUGCAUGUCCAAUCGGUUACACCUGCCACUAUACCAACACAUGCUAUUGAAAUCGUUCAAGAGAUGGCAUUACUGUUUGAAGGCGAACUUAUUCCAGUAGCGCCAAAGGCGCAACGCAAAGUUCCUCUACCGGAUGGAUUGGAUUUAGAUGAGUGGAUAAACGCGCCACCUGAAGAUGAAAGUAGUACCUCGUCCCAGGAGGAUAAAGAUGAACUGUUUGUAUCAUCAGUGCAUAAUGAGGACGGAACGUUGGGAAAGCGUCGUAAGAGUGAGGAGCUGACGCCUGAGCAGAUCGAACGUAAUCGCACGGCGCGACUAAUAGAACAGUCACACAAUCCACACUAUCUUAAAUCAUCGCCUUCAGCAACGGAUGUAAAUAAGCAGAAAACAGCAAGUACAAACAAUUCGGGUUACAAUGCAGAUCAAUAUGAUAAUAUUGAUGACAUUCCGAUUUCGGAGCUGUCCCUGGAUGUACCGCUGCAAAUAGGAGUUAUGAAACGCUCUGAUCGCUAUCUCUUACAAGAGAAGACAAUAAGCAAAGAGAAGAAAAAACAUAAGAAGUCGAAAAAAAACAAAAAAUCAAAAAAUAAAGUGGCAUACAGCAGCUCAGAAUCGGAGGAUGAUUCCAAACCACUUCAUAUAGUGAACACCACUAUGGACAUGCCUGAGGGAGUGGCUCUGUCGGAUAGUGAAGAUAAAGAUUCUAAAUUCGAUCCAAAUGACCCACAUCGCGCACUGAAUAUAGAAUUGGAUAUCCCUGAUUUGGAAGAAUCAAAAGGCCGGUUCCGAGAGGUUAGCUCUGCGGCUAAUAACAUAAACAAUAAUAAACGCACUUUAGGUAGCGAAGUUGAAUCUGAUAAGAAAGCCAGCAGCAAGAAACGUGAAAAGAAAAAGACAAAACGCAAAGAAAAGGAUGUGGACGAAAUCAAAGUUCGAAGCAAAGAAAGUGUCACUUCAAAAUCGCAUUCCAAAUCAAGAUCAAGGAAAAAAUCGAAGAAUGAUGAAAAUACAAACAAUGCUAAUUUGUUGGAUAUUCCGUCAGAAGUGGAUAAAAGUUUAGCACCUCUAACGGUGGCAAGUAGCAACAGCCCUAUGGAAAAACGUAAGAAAGAGAAAACGCAUAAAUCAAAAGAUGUGACCGACGAAAGUGUUAGUGGAAAGAAGGAGAAAAAAUCCAAACAUCAUCAUCACCACCAUAGCCAGAGUAAGGAAAAGAAAGAGUGCCAUGGAUCGUCAAAAGGAGGUUAUGAAGAAGCCAUUGGCAUUUCAACACCAAGUAAAGAGGUCAUUUAAUUUGCGAUACACAUACAUAUACAUACAUAUUGCCUGUAUAACCGUCCUCCGCUAUUUGAAUUUUUGUCUAGCUACAAGAGCAGAUAGAUUAACCAGAACUUAGUAUAACAAUACGCAGAGUCAAUUAUACUUUGCAAAGUAAACUGGCAGAAAAAAUACGUUGUUGAAGCUUGUUUUUCUCGAACAUAAACUCAUAUUUGUUAUAUAAAUACGUACGUAUAAAUAAUAUACUUUCAGAAAGUUGAAAAUUGUUGCAUAGAAAUGUGUUCAAGUGCAUCCAAACAUUUUUAGAAAUUGUAGGUGCAUGAAGCACUUUGUAUAGAUGCUAAUGCUAAAGUUGUACAUCAAAACUCAUUCGAACAUAUGCUAAUUACACGUGUAUAUUGAAAUUGUUUCCAAACGAAUCAAUGCGUAUCCUCACACACAUAAAACAUUAUUAAUAAACAUGUACUAAAAUAACCACACAGCUUCUCUAGCUUUAAAGACUUCAAAGAGACAUAAGCAAAAUUAAACUUUUAUAUAAAAAUUGUACACUGAGAAACGAUGGCCAAGUAGUGGUAUGUGAAUUGGAUAGAGCAUAUUCAUAUAUAAAUGCAACUACAAUCGUAUAUAUAUAUAUAUCCUACUAAUAGACUAAAGGAAAAAUCAUAAAUUCGCAUUCUUAAUCUCCUAGUUAAGGCAUGAACUCUAAUAACAUAUUACUCUAUUGUAAAAUACAUAGUAAGUUUGUAAAGUAAUGUAUAACGAUCGAACAAAUAAAAUUAUAUAAUAAUCAACGUAA